GUGUUUGUGUUGGAAAAUCCAACUGCGCCACGGGGCGGAGCGGCCCCCCCAGCCCCGGCCUGGGAGAGGGGGGGGCCGCUCGACCCCCUGGGUGACCUUGGGGAACCUGAACACCUGGGACACCCCAGAACCAGGUUCCCCCAGGCACCAUGCCAGCCCCGUAGUACCACCCACCCCACCCACUGUGGUCUGCUGCACCCUACUGCUGGGGCACUGGUUCCAAUGAGACAGGGCACACCAAACUCUCAUCUGGCUGUUACUGAGGCGGAGACACGGGUGAUGAUUGGCUUUCUGGGGAGAGAGGAAGUCCUGUGAUUGGUCAGGUCUCCGGAGCUCGCCGACGCCGGGAGAGAAAGCUCCCACGGAGGCCGGAAUUGGCUGUGAAAGGCCCUGGGCGACCAUCUGGGGGCAGUGGGCACUCCUGUCAGAGCGGCUGGAGCCGGACCAUCGCCCCAAGGAGCUGGGGCAGGGGGCCGUGCCCGAUCUCCAGGGCUCCUGGGGCCACUGCUGACCUGGCUGGAUGCAUCGGGCAGUGGACCCUGCAGGGGCCCGCGCUGCACGGGAAGCCUUUGCCCUUGGGGGCUUGAGCUGUGCUGGGGCCUGGAGCUCCUGCCCGCCCCAUCCCCCUCCUCGGAGCGCAUGGCUGCCUGGAGGCAGGUGCUCUGCCAGCAUCGGGCAGCCCCCACUCCCUGCUCCCCUACCUCCUUCACACGGCAGUAGCUCUGGCCACCCCAACAAACCGUAUUAUGCUCCAGGGACACCCACCCCAAGACCCCUCCAUGGGAAGCUGGAAUCCCUGCAUGGCUGUGUGCAGGCAUUGCUCCGGGAGCCGGCCCAGCCAGGGCUGUGGGAGCAGCUUGGGCAGCUGUACGAGUCAGAGCACGACAGUGAGGAGGCUAUACGCUGCUACCACAGCGCCCUUCGAUACGGAGGAAGCUUGGCUGAGCUGGGGCCCCGCGUCGGCCGACUACAGCAGGCCCAGCUCUGGAACUUUCAUGCCGGCUCCUGCCAGCACCGACCCAAGGUCCUGCCUCCCCUGGAGCAAGUGUGGAACUUGUUGCACCUUGAGCACAAACGGAACUAUGGGGCCAAGCGGGGGGGUCCCCCGGUGAAGCGAGCCGCCGAACCCCCGGUGGUGCAGCCUAUGCCUCCUGCAGCACUCUCAGGCCCCUCCGGGGAGGAGGGCCUCAGCCCUGGAGGCAAACGCAGGAGAGGCUGCAACUCUGAGCAGACUGGCCUUCCCCCAGGGCUGCCGCUGCCUCCACCACCAUUGCCCCCAGCCCCACCCCCGCCUGGCCUAGCCACCAGCCCUCCAUUCCAGCUGACCAAGCCAGGGCUGUGGAGUACCCCACAUGGAGAUGCGUGGGGCCCCGAGCGCAAGGGUUCAGCACCCCCAGAGCGCCAGGAGCAGCGGCACUCGCUGCCUCACCCAUAUCCAUACCCAGCUCCGGCCUACCCUGUGCACCCCCCUGGCCACCGGCUGGUCCCGGCUGCACCCCCAGGCCCAGGCCCCCGCCCCCCAGGAGCAGAGAGCCAUGGCUGCCCGCCUGCCACCCGUCCCCCCGGAAGUGACCUUAGAGAGAGCAGAGUUCAGAGGUCGCGGAUGGACUCCAGCGUUUCACCAGCAGCAACCACCGCCUGCGUGCCUUACGCCCCUUCCCGGCCCCCCGGCCUCCCCGGCACCACCACCAGCAGCAGUAGCAGCAGCAGCAACCCUGGUCUCCGGGGCAUGGAGCCGAGCCCAGGCAUUCCCGGCGCUGACCAUUACCAAACUCCCGCGCUGGAGGUCUCCUCUCACCAAGGCCGCCUUGGGCCCUCGGCACACAGUAGUCGGAAACCAUUCCUGGCGGCUCCCGCUGCCACUCCCCACCUGUCCCUGCCACCCGGCCCCUCCUCACCUCCUCCCCCCCCUUGUCCCCGCCUCUUACGCCCCCCACCCCCCCCUGCCUGGCUGAAGGGCCCAGCCUGCCGAGCAGCCCGUGAGGAUGGAGAGAUCUUAGACGAGCUCUUCUUCGGGGCUGAGGGACGCCCCCGCCCUCCCCCGCCACCCCUCCCCCACCGCGAGGGCUUCUUGGGGCCUCCGGCCCCCCGCUUUUCUGUGGGCACUCAGGAUUCGCACACCCCUCCCGCUCCCCCAACCACCAGCAGCAGCAACAGUGGCAGCCACAGCAGCAGCCCUACUGGGCCUGUGUCCUUCCCCACACCCUCCUAUCUGGCCAGAAGUAUGGACCCCCUUCCCCGGCCCCCCAGCCCAACACUGAGCCCCCAAGACCCACCUCUUGCACCCCUGACUCUUGCCCUGCCUCCAGCCCCUCCCUCCUCUUGCCACCAAAAUACCUCAGGAAGCUUCAGGCGCCCGGAGAGCCCUCGGCCCAGGGUCUCCUUCCCAAAGACCCCCGAGGGGGGGCCGGGGCCAUCCCCAGGCCCCCUGAAUAAAGCCCCCCAGCCUGUACCGCCCAGGGUUGGGGAGCUGCCUGCCCGAGGCCCUCGACUCUUUGAUUUCCCCCCUACCCCACUGGAGGACCAGUUUGAGGAGCCAGCUGAAUUCAAGAUCCUCCCUGAUGGGCUGGCCAACAUCAUGAAGAUGCUGGAUGAAUCCAUUCGCAAGGAGGAGGAGCAGCAACAACACGAGGCAGGCGUGGCCCCCCCGCCUCCUCUGAAGGAGCCCUUUACAUCUCUGCAGCCUCCAUUCCCAACUGACACAGCCCCCGCCACCACUGCUGCCACCGCUGCCGCCGCCACCACCCCGGCCACCCAGGAAGAGGAGAAGAAGCCACCGCCAGCCCUGCCACCACCGCCGCCUCUAGCCAAGUUCCCGCCACCACCCCAGCCACAGCCGCCGCCAACUGCGCGAGCCCCACCAGCCAGCCCGGCCAACCUGCUCAAGUCCUUGGCCUCCGUGCUGGAAGGACAAAAGUACUGUUACCGGGGGACUGGAGCAGCUGUUCCCACCCGGCCUGGGCCCUUGCCCACCACUCAGUAUUCCCCCGGUUCCUCUUCAGGUGCUACCGCCCCACCGCCCACCUCCACGGCCCCGAGCGCCCAGGGCUCCCCGCAGCCCUCCGCUUCCUCGUCAUCUCAGUUCUCUACCUCAGGCGGGCCCUGGGCCCGGGAGCGCAGGGCGGGCGAAGAGCCAGCCCCGGGCCCCAUGACCCCCACCCCCCCGCCCCCCCCCCUGCCGCUGCCCCCUGCUCGCUCUGAGUCUGAGGUGCUAGAAGAGAUAAGUCGGGCCUGUGAGACCCUUGUGGAGCGGGUGGGCCGGAGCACCGCAGACCCGGCCGACCCAGUGGACACGGCAGAUCCAGCGGACAGCGGGACUGAGCGACUGCAGCCCCCAGCUCCGGCCAAGGAGGAGAGCGGUGGGGUGGCGGCCGCAGCACGACCAGGGAGCAGCAAGCGGCGGCAGAAGGAGCACCGGCGGCACAGGCGGGCCUGUAAGGACAGUGUGGGUCGGCGGCCCCGGGAGGGCAGGGCCAAGGCCAAGGCCAAGGCCCCCAAAGAAAAGAGCCGCCGAGUGCUGGGGAACCUGGACCUGCAGAGCGAGGAGAUCCAGGGUCGUGAGAAGGCCCGGCCGGAUCUGGGCGGGGCCUCCAAGGCCAAGCCGCCCGUAGCUCCGGGCCCUCCGCCAGCUCCUGCACCCUCUGUCCAGCCCACACCCCCGGCAGCCCCUGUCCCUGGGAAGAAGGCUCGGGAGGAAGCUCCGGGGCCACCGGGUGUCAGCCGGGCUGACAUGCUGAAGCUGCGCUCACUUAGUGAAGGGCCCCCCAAGGAGCUGAAGAUCCGGCUCAUCAAAGUAGAAAGUGGUGACAAGGAAACCUUCAUCGCCUCGGAGGUGGAAGAGCGGAGGCUGCGGAUGGCAGACCUCACCAUCAGCCACUGUGCUGCCGACGUCGUGCGGGCCAGCAAGAAUGCCAAGGUGAAAGGGAAGUUUCGAGAGUCCUACCUUUCCCCUGCCCAGUCUGUGAAACCGAAGAUCAACUCGGAGGAGAAGCUGCCCCGGGAAAAACUGAACCCGCCCACACCCAGCAUCUAUCUGGAGAGUAAACGGGAUGCCUUCUCGCCGGUGCUGCUGCAGUUCUGUACAGACCCUCGAAAUCCCAUCACCGUGAUCCGGGGCCUGGCAGGCUCCCUGCGGCUCAACUUGGGCCUCUUCUCCACCAAGACGCUGGUGGAGGCAAGUGGUGAGCACACGGUGGAGGUGCGCACCCAGGUGCAGCAGCCCUCAGAUGAGAACUGGGACCUGACAGGCACGCGACAGAUCUGGCCCUGCGAGAGCUCCCGUUCCCACACCACCAUUGCCAAGUACGCGCAGUACCAGGCCUCAUCCUUCCAAGAGUCCCUGCAGGAGGAGAAGGAGAGCGAGGAUGAGGAGUCCGAGGAGCCGGACAGCACCACGGGAACCCCUCCUAGCAGCGCACCGGAUCCGAAGAACCAUCACAUCAUCAAGUUUGGCACCAACAUCGACCUGUCCGAUGCCAAGCGGUGGAAGCCCCAGCUGCAAGAGCUGCUGAAGCUGCCCGCCUUCAUGCGGGUAACCUCCACGGGCAACAUGCUGAGCCACGUGGGCCACACCAUCCUGGGCAUGAACACAGUGCAGCUGUACAUGAAGGUCCCAGGCAGCCGAACGCCAGGCCAUCAAGAGAACAACAACUUCUGCUCGGUCAACAUCAACAUUGGCCCAGGAGACUGCGAGUGGUUCGCGGUGCACGAGCAUUACUGGGAGACCAUCAGCGCUUUCUGCGACCGGCAUGGCGUGGACUACCUGACGGGUUCCUGGUGGCCAAUCCUGGAUGACCUCUAUGCUUCCAACAUCCCUGUGUACCGCUUCGUGCAGCGCCCCGGAGACCUUGUGUGGAUUAAUGCGGGGACCGUGCACUGGGUGCAGGCCACCGGCUGGUGCAACAACAUCGCCUGGAACGUGGGGCCCCUCACCGCCUAUCAGUACCAGCUGGCCCUGGAACGAUACGAGUGGAACGAGGUGAAGAACGUCAAAUCCAUCGUGCCCAUGAUUCACGUGUCCUGGAACGUGGCUCGCACGGUCAAAAUCAGCGACCCCGACUUGUUCAAGAUGAUCAAGUUCUGCCUCUUGCAGUCCAUGAAGCACUGCCAGGUGCAGCGGGAGAGCCUGGUGCGGGCCGGGAAGAAAAUCGCCUACCAGGGCCGGGUCAAGGACGAGCCCGCCUACUACUGCAACGAGUGCGACGUGGAGGUGUUCAACAUCCUGUUCGUGACGAGUGAGAACGGCAGCCGCAACACGUACCUGGUGCACUGCGAGGCCUGUGCGCGGCGCCGCAGCGCAGGCCUGCAGGGCGUGGUGGUGCUGGAGCAGUACCGCACCGAGGAGCUGGCGCAGGCCUACGACGCCUUCACGCUGGCCCCGGCCAGCACGUCGCGAUGAGGCCGGACGCCCCGCCCGCCUGCCCGCCCGCAGGGCGCCGCGGGGCCACCAGCACACGCCUGGGCUGGACCUAGGUCCCGCCUCUGGCCGGGAAGGGGGUCGGGCCCAGCCCUUCCACCCAUUGGCAGCUCCCCUCACCUAAUUUAUUAAGAAAAAGAAUUUUUUAAAAAACAAAUAUGAGGAAAAAAGGAAAAAAAAUGGGAGACGGGGGAGGGGGCUGGUAGUCCCUCGCCCACCAGCGCCUCCCCUCACCGACUUUGGCCUUUCUAGCAACAGACACAAGGACCAGGCUCCGGCGGCGGCGGGGGUCACAUACGGGUUCCCUCACGCCUGCCAGCCGCCCGCCCGGCGCAGAUGCACGCGGCUCGUGUAUGUACAUAGACGUUACGGCAGCCGAGGUUUUUAAUGAGAUUCUUUGUAUGGGCUUUACCCCUCCCCCAGAACCUCCUUUUUUACUUCCAGUGCUAGCUGUGACCCCUGUACAUGUCUCUUGUUUAUUCACUUGGUUAUGAUUUGUAUUUUCUGGUUUUUUUGUUUGUUUUUGUUUUUUGUUUUUUAAUUUAUAACAGUCCCACUCACCUCUAUUUAUUCAUUUUUGGGAAAACCCGACCUCCCGCACCCCCAAGCCAUCCCGCCCGCCCCUCCAGGGACCGCCCGCCGCCGGGCUCUCCCUGCGCCCCAGUGUGUGUCCGGGCCCGGCCCGUCCGUCUCCGCCCGUCCGCCCGCCCGCCCGCCCGCGGCUCCAGCCGGGUUCUCAUGGUGCUCAAACCCGCUCCCCUCCCCUACGUCCUGCACUUUCUCGGACCAGUCCCCCACUCCCGACCCGACCCGACCCCAACCCCGCCUGAGGGUGAGCGACUCCUGUACUGUAGGGGAAGAAGUGGGAACUGAAAUGGUAUUUUGUAAAAAAAUAAUAAUAAUAAUAAAUAAAUAAAUAAAAUAAAUUUUUAAAGUUUUAAAGAAAGAACUAUGAGGAAAAGGAGCCCCGUCCUUCCCAGCCCCGGCCAAUUUUAAAAACACGGACCUUCCCCUUACAACCCACCCCCCUUUUCUUUUUAAGCGUGAAACAGCCCAGGGCCAGGGCCUCACUGGGGCAGGGACACCCCGGGAUGAGUUUCUCUGGGGCUUUAUUUUCGUUUUGUUGUUUGUUUUUUUUUCUCCUCCACGCUGGGGCUGCGGAGGGGUGGGGGGUUUACAGUCCUGCCCCCUCGCACUGCACUGUCUUUCUGCCCCAGGGGCAGAGGGGUCUUCCCAACCCUACCCUUAUUUUUGGUGAUUUUUGUGUGAGAAUAUUAAUAUUAAAAAUAAAAUCAGAAAAAAAAAUGUCUUUUCGAUA